GAAUACGAAAGUUAACGCCAUUUUGUGACCGGCUGAUCUGCACAGAAUAAACUGACGGCACAAGAAUUUUGUUCUAAAACGAGAAAAUAAUACAAAAAAUUCUGAAAUAAAUAUAACAUUGAAUACAUUUAGAGAUGAUAUGAUUUGUUAAUUCUUUAUAAUUUGGAUUUUUGGACUUGUGGUAUUGCAAAAACAGUAAAAAUAAUUCAUCAUGACUUUUGAUUCUCACGGUCGUCAAACAACAGAAUCAUCAAUGGCUGAUAGCAGUGAGGAAAUAACACCCGAAAAAUUAAUAUCAUCAUUUCCAGUCAUGAAGCUACGAUCGCUGAAUCAAAAGAUUUCCAACCCUAGAUGGGUAGUUCCCGUAUUGCCAGAACAAGAAUUGGAACAUUUACUCAAUGCGGCUAUAAAUCUUACACUGUCUGAUUGCGAUCACAAUUGCGAACCAUGCAUAGAUUUUUACAAAAAUGCAUUGACAACAUCGUUUAUUAAAAUUCUUACUGAUGAAGCAGUAAAUUCCUGGAAGUAUAAUAUACACCACUGCAUACUUAUGACUUCAGGAAAGCUUUUGCAUUUAAUUGCAAUUCAUAUGCAUCGUGAUAAUCCAUAUUUAUUGGAACUUCUUUCGGUAGUUUUGGAUCCCAAAAACAAAUUUAAUACAUUCAAUGCAGCCCGUCAGUCGGAAUGUUUUGGCCCCGAAGCUGUUUGGGGAAUUUUAGAAGAUGACAAACAAUUUGCAACACCACCUCCCGAACCCAAACAACCUCGUGGCUGGCUUGUUGACUUAAUAAAUCGUUUCGGGCAGUUGGGAGGUUUUGAUAAUAUAUUGGAACGCUUUAACGUUGGUGUGGCUAGUCUAAAAAAUAAGCAGCCUUCAACAGAUGACUCUAAAUCUGUUUCACUUUCUAAAGCUAUUUGCUCCACGGCAACAAGUGUGGAAGAAAAUUUAAAAUUAUCCUUUUCGUUCAUAUAUCAUUUAAUUCGACCUUUUGGACAGUGCUACGAAUUGCUUACUGCAUCAACCAUACAAAAAUAUUUCAUGCCUAUAUGGGUGAUUGUACAUGAUCUCUUAGAUAGUCUUACUGAUAGUGAACUUAAAAUUGAAGCAAAAUCAGAAGGCAAAAGUGAUAUCAUUCAUAAAAUUGUUAAAUCAGCUCGUUGCCUGGCUAGCCGAUUGCCAGAUCACGGAGAUUUAGUUCGUGACAUUGAAUUAUUUAGAUUAAAAAUGAUAUUACGUUUGCUUCAAGUGUCAAGCUUUAACGGAAAAAUGAAUGCACUUAAUGAGAUUAAUAAGGUUAUUACGGCAGUUUCGUAUUGUUCUCAAAGGACUCAGACGUCUCAAAGCGUAUCUGAUGACGAAAUGAAUUGGUUGACAGCUGAGCGAAUGGCGGUUUGGAUUAAAAAAUCCAAUGUAUUAGAAAUCGUUUUAAGAGACUCCUUGCAUCAACCGCAAUACGUUGAAAAAUUAGAAAAAAUUAUAAGAUUUCUUAUAAAAGAGAACACUUUAAGCCUGGUGGACUUGGAUGCUGUUUGGAAAGCACAAGUUGGAAAGCAUGAAGCUAUAGUAAAAAAUGUCCAUGACCUAUUGGCCAAAUUAGCUUGGGAUUUUCUUCCAGAACAAUUAGAUCAUCUUUUUAAUUGCUUUGAAACAAGUAUGACCACUGCAAACAAGAGACAAAGAGAACAGCUUCUGGAGUUAAUAAGGCGCCUAGCUGAAGAUGAUAAGAAUGGUGUUAUGGCACAAAAGGUGUUAGACCUCUUUUGGACUUUGGCUCAUAAUGUGGAAAUACCGCCUGAAGUGCUAGAUCAAGCUUUGAUUGCUCAUGUUAAAAUAUUGGACUACAGUUGUUCUCAAGAACGUGAUGCUCAAAAAACAGUUUGGCUUGAUAAAUGUGUAGAUGAACUUAAAAGCAAUGGUAAUUGGGUUCUUCCUGCUUUGCGUUUAAUUCGAGAAAUUUGCUGUUUAUAUGAAUCAAAUCACAAUCACCAUGUUCAAAAUUCCAAUAAAGUUUUAAACAGGCAGCAAGUCAUUGAACGCUUACAAAAUGAAUAUUCUUUGGUUAUUCUCGUAACUAACAGCCUUAUUUCGUAUAUGGAUCAAAUCCGAGCUUUAAGUACGGAAAAUUCAGAAACAGAUGCUACCACAUAUUUCAGCGAUGGACGAUUUUCUCAUGAACUGCAAAUUCAAGAAAGAUUGGACUUUUUAAAAUAUUUGUUAAAAGAUGGCCAACUAUGGCUAUGUGCAGAUCAAGCAAAACAAAUAUGGAAUUGUUUAACUGUGAAAUCAGUUUUUCCAAGUGACCGUGAGGAGUGUUUUCGUUGGUUCAGCAAACUCAUGGGAGAAGAACCUGAUUUGGAUCCAGGAGUCAACAAAGACUUUUUCGAAAACAAUAUACUCCAGCUUAAUCCGUCUUUACUCACUGAGAGUGGAAUUAAAUGUUUUGAACGGUUUUUUAAAGCAGUUAACUCCAAGGAAGAAAGACUUAAGGCAGUGCACCGAGGUUAUAUACUUGAAAAUAAUGAUUUGAUUGGAAAAGAGUAUCUAUGGCUUGUAAUAACUACAGCUGAAUUGAGUAUAGCUAAUAAGGGAAUUGAAUUAUUAAAAGAAGUUUCCACAGCAUUGGGGCCUUCGCUUGUGACAAAUGUUCAAGCGUUUCAUGAAAAGUUCAUUGAAGAAUGUUGUGAUAAACUUAGAGCUCUUUACGACAAUAUAAUAUUUUUAAGUAGCAAUGUUGAGUAUACUAAUUCUAACGACAAAGAAACAAUAUUUUUGCGUAAUGAGGCCGAAAAAAUGUGCAGGGUUUUAAAAGUAUUGCAAGAAUAUGUAAGAGAAUGUGAUCGGUCAUUUACUGGUGACCGUCAUCAGUUGCCGUUAUGUCGUGCGACAAGAGGAAAACAUAUGAGUUUAUAUAUAAGGUUCCAAAAUCCUGGAAGAUCAUUGGAUGAUAUUGAAAUAAUAACUCAUAGCAAUGAAACUGUGGCUUCGUUCAAAAAGAGUAUAUUAAAACGUUUAAAAGGCACAUCGACUUCUAAUAUAAAAAUAGAAUUUUUCUAUAAUAACGGAGAACUAAUUGAAAUGUUAGAUGAAAUAAAUCCUUUAUCAAGCUAUACUAUCAGAGAUAAAAUGGUUUUAACCGCCAAGCUGACACCAGUUGGAACGUUAUUAGCAAGCAGUCCAGAUAGUUCCAGUGAUUCAAGUACUGGUUCACCACCACGUCCAAGUACGGAUAUAAAAAGAGUAGAAUCGGAGCACACAUUGCCAGGUUUUAUUAUUUCAGAAAAGCCAUAUUAUAAGAACUUUUUUCUUAAACUGCAUCAAUUGGGAAUAGACAUGCCAUAUAACAAUUUGAGAGACAGUGCAGUAAUGCUACUUAACCUACUUCCAGCUAAUAGAGAAACUGUGAAUGAACUUAAAAAGAUGUGUCAUAUUAACAAUAAGGAUUUGAGCACUGCUGCUGAAAAUUAUAGCAGUUGCGAUAAGCCUGUUUUUAAUGAACAAGAAUACAAAACCAAUUCAGAAGAAGUAACACCUUCCAAAAUGUUUGUAUAUACAACACCUGCAAACGUUUUAUAUAAUCUUGAAGUUCUUAAUGCCAUACUAAUACCAGCUAUUGAUCCAUUUAGUGAAGAGUCAUUAGUCAUUCAAUCGGCAUGGUUAAGGUCUGGAGUUGCACAUUAUUUACUAGAACUACUAACAAAGAACAAUUUUUUACCCAAUGUGGAUAUGCAAACAAAACGUGCAGCAUUUCAAAGCAUUCUUAGACUUGUUAAGUUAUUUUUAUACAUUAUGUGCUGUGUUUUAAGUCGAGUAGGAGAUGAACCCGUGUCGUCAAACAUAAACAUCCGUACGAGGUCGCAAAUAGAUAUACUAAAACAAAUUCUGACAACUAUUCCUAAUAGUUCUGAAAAUACACUGCGAUUUAUUGCAAACAAAUUAGCUGAAAAUGUUUCUGCUGAAAUGUUGACAGCCAGUGCCGAUGGCCAGGAAUGUAGAAAACUUUUUUCUUCUGCGUUACAAUGGUCAUGUCCAGAUAUCGUUACAAUCAAAGCAAUAAUUCAACUUGCUUGGUCAUCAUCAUGUGGAAAGUUUGAACUCUAUGGAUUUAAAGACAACUUUAGUAACGACAUUGCUAUGCCAGCUGCCCACGAUUUUGCGCUUUGCAAGGAAUCACUUGAAGCUCUCAUAGCUUGUCUUGUAUUAAACCCCCGUGCAAUUGAUGUGUUAAUUCAGGACGAGAAUUGGUCUGACUUUAUAACAUCGCUGAUUUUAAAAAAUCCAUCUAAAGUAGUUCGUCAAAUUGCAGCAGAGCAACUAUUUUUUAGUUGUACCUACUAUUCUGGCACCAGCCGUCCAUUUGAAUUUAUGAUCAAUCAUUUAAUUUCUUUAUUACACAGUUUAAUUCCUCAAUACUCGAGUACAUGUGCUGAUCUUUUUCAACUCUUGUGUAGAACAUUAAGCUACGGGUGUACUUGGAAUUGGCCACAUAAUGUAAUUGAAGGUUUACUGACGCAUGAAAUAAGUUGGCUUAAGAGAGUUAAAAACAAUGUAUUAUUAAGUGGCAACGCCGAAGUACACGAAGAUCUUUUAGAGGGACAUUUAUGCCUCACCAAAGAACUAAUGUUUUUUAUAGAAAUAAAAACAAAAACCCAACUUAGCGGUUUAUUGGAAGAACUAGCAGACGAUUUUUUAUUUCCCGCAUCGAAACAAUAUCUGCAUUUUAGGCAAACAGGAAAAUUGUUCAAUUAUCAGGCUCCUCCUCCUGUAUGCAAAAGUCCACAUACAGUAGCUGCCGCCUGUGAGCUUCUUGUUGCUCUUUGUCAAAAUUGUGUAUCUAACAUGAAAUUACUCACGAAAACACUGAUAAACUACGUUUGUAACGAAAUAGAACCUCUUAAGGAAUGGGACUAUCUGCCUCCAAUUGCAGCGAGACAACCUAAAGGGUUUUGUGGUCUCAAAAAUGCUGGAGCAACUUGUUAUAUGAACUCAGUCUUGCAACAAUUGUAUAUGAUACCCUCAAUCCGACUUGGUAUUUUAAAUGCCGAAGGCGCUGCAAUUAACGAAUCUGAAGAUUUUAGCGGGGAUGGUGAGCCCCCAUUAUACACAGAUGAAAUUUGUUUUGGAAAUCCAAAUAAAAACUAUCAUGUCGGGAUUUUAAAGCACGUUCAGGCUAUUUUUGCUCACUUAGGUCAUAGUGCUUUGCAGUAUUACGUACCUCAUGGAUUGUGGACACAUUUCAAGUUACAAGGGGAGCCAGUUAACUUAAGAGAACAGCAAGAUGCAGUUGAGUUCUUUAUGUCACUAUUCGAAAGCUUAGACGAAGGCUUGAAAGUUUUGGGACAGACGCAAUUCAUGGUUAAUACUUUAGGUGGUUCUUUUAGCGAUCAAAAAAUUUGCCAAGAGUGCCCACAUCGCUAUUCAAAAGAGGAACCGUUUAGUGUGUUCAGCGUUGACAUUCGAAACCACAGCUCUUUGACGGAAUCACUAGAACAAUACGUUAAGGGAGAAAUACUUGAAGGUGCAGAUGCUUAUCAUUGUGAUAAAUGCAAUAAAAAGGUGGUGACGAUGAAGCGUCUAUGUGUACGUAAGCUUCCCCCUGUACUUGCAAUUCAACUAAAACGCUUUGAGUAUGACUAUGAGCGGGUUUGUGCUAUAAAAUUCAACGACUACUUUGAAUUCCCAAGAGUGUUGGAUAUGGAACCAUACACUGUUUUUGGGUUAGCAAAAUCGGAUGGAGAAGUUGUUGAAUUCGUUGAAAAUUCAUAUGAUCACACAGAAACAACCAAAUACGAGCUUACUGGAAUAAUUGUACAUAGUGGACAAGCUUCUGGAGGACACUAUUUCAGCUAUAUUUUGUAUAAGGAUGAUAAAACUGAAAAAGAGCAGUGGUAUAAAUUCGAUGACAAUGAAGUCACAGAAUGCAAAAUGAACGAGGAUGAAGAAAUGAAAGUUCAAUGCUUUGGAGGUGAAUACAUGGGUGAAAUAUACGACAGUAAUUUGAAACGCAUGCAAUAUAGGAGACAAAAACGAUGGUGGAACGCUUACAUGCUGUUUUACACAAGGUGUGACCAGAAACCUGUUAAAAUGACUCAAAGUGUAGAACAGCUUUCUCUCGCAGAGAGUUCUAAUUUCAUCCUACCAAUGCCAAAAGCGAUCGAAACUAGUGUUAGAACUCAAAACAUACGAUUUUUACAUUCAAAGAGCAUAUUUUCUGUUGAAUUUUUUAAUCUUAUUAAAAAUUUAGUUAGUUCAAUUGUUCCGCCGGUGAAGCAAGAAAAAAUGACCCUAGAAGCGGAGGAGCUUUCCUUACUAGGUGUGCAGUUAGCUUCCCAUUUUCUUUUUCAUUCUGGGUUUAGAACAAAGAAAACAUUGAGGGGUCCUGUUAUUGAAUGGUUCGAUACAUUGUCGCUUCACUUAAGACACUCAUCAGCGGUGCGGAAAUGGUUUGCAAAUAAUGCCUUAUUAAAUCCCCCUGGAAGACUGGCGGAAUAUAUUCUUGUUGCUCCUUCGCAGGAAGUACGAACAGUUUUUGUGAAAUUGGUUGUAAUUUUUUGUCAUUUUGCAAUUAAUGAUGAGCCACUACCAAAUAUAGAAGGCUCAAAUCUAUGUGAACAAAUUUUAAUGAGCGUUUUGAGACUUCUUAAGUGUGAAGUAGCAGACCAUGGCAAACAUUUACCUCACUAUUUUAGUUUGUUUAAUAUGUAUGCCGGGCUGGGAAAAAAAGAAAAACUGCACUUAUUAAAACUUAACGUUCCAACAAUUUUCAUGCAAGCUGCUCUUGAUGAAGGUCCUGUCCCACAAAUAAAAUACCAAUAUCCAGAGCUGAGUAAAUUGCAUCAAGUUGUAUCUCAUUUAAUAAGAUGUAGUGAUAUUUCUGACAGGUGUCAGAGUUCAAACCAAAGUGCAAAACCAAUGCCAAAUAUUUACAAAGAUACUAACAUCCAGUAUGAAGAACUAGUUCCACUUUCGCAAGAAGCGUCUGACAUACUUUUUGUUCGAACCGGUUAUAUAAAAAAAUUAAUAGAAGAUACGAAUGUUGGCGAAGAAGGUUUAAAACUUAUACAAUAUUGUUGCUGGGAAAAUCCACACUUUUCGCGAUGUAUACUUACAGAGCUUUUAUGGCAAUGUGGUUUCGCGUAUUGCCAAGAUAUGCGACACCAUACCGAUUUGUUGCUUCAUGUUCUUCUUAUAGAAGACUCGUGGCAAAAUCAUCGAAUUCAUAAUGCCUUACUGGGUGUCGCUGAAGAACGUGGAGGGCUUCUUGAAACCAUUUUAAAAACGAAAACUCAUUACCAAAAGAGAACAUACCAAAUAAUUAAAUGCUUGACGCAGCUGUUCCAUAAGUGUCCUGUUGCACUAGCAAUGCUUAAUUCUAACGAACAUAUUGGCAAACAUUGGGUAAUGGCGGUAGAAUGGCUUCAGGAAGAGCUUGAUAAGCAAAGAGGGAUCGGAUGUCAAUAUAAUUAUUCUUGGUCCCCUCCAGCUCAAAGUAAUGAUAACACUAACGGAUAUAUGCUGGAGCGAUCUCAAUCAGCAAAAAAUACAUGGUCAUUAGCUUAUGAACUAUGUCAAGAGGAGGAACAGGAUGAAACAAAUGAGUCUGAUACAGAAAUAAAGAACGAUAGCUCUCUGGUACAGUCCUGUAUACUAGAAAACAUCACUAUUAACCCAGACACAGCUAUUGUAACAGCUUACUCUGCAAAACAGCAUUCAAAUUCACAAGAGGUGCAACCCAAUGUAUUAACCGAAGAUAUUAGUGGAACAAAUAAUAGUAGUACAGACAUUUUCAGUAUCAAGGAAGAGUACAGUCUAAACAAUGUAUAUACUAGCUUAAGUGAAUUAAGGCUCUCACCGAAACCGGUAAACGAGAAGUAAAAUGUUAAAUAUUUUUUUUUUGUUUUAUUCGUACUCGCUUGAAUUUUGCUAAGAAAAUUAAAUUAUAAAAUGGUAAAAUUGUACGUUCUUUAAAAUAUCAAAUCACAUCAUACAUUUUGUUACAUGAAGAAAAUGGUAUUCCAAUUAUUUA